GGGAGUGUUUAUAAAGUUACACUUCUUUGCCAUCCUGGACACUUUGCCCGCAGAAGAAAGGAAGACAACCUCCAACCAAAUUCCCAGUGGAAGACUGCCAGGUGCGUGAAGCGGAAGGCGGAGAUGAAGGAGCAGGAGCAGCAGGGCUACUGGCAGGAGACGGGACGAUGGGCGGGCUACGAGGAGAGCUUGGACCCGCAGGCUGGGGUCUGGGCAUCCUCCCAAAUAUCCUACCUCACCUUCAAGAGCCUCAUCCAGCUGCGGCGCACCAUGAACACCGUUGUGACAAUCUUCGACUGCGAAGAGAAAACUUUGGCUGCCAUCGCUGAGAAGAUGGUUGGCGAGAUGGUUAGCAAGAAAGAGAUUAGAUCUGGAGACCGCGAAGGUGUGCUGAACGCUCUGCUUCAAAACCGCAGUGAAUCCGCUGACCCAGAGAGCCAAAGGCUGUCCGAUGGRACGGACCUGCACAGGUUUUCAGUCAGGGAGAGAAAAGAUGAAUCCGAUCACGUUGAGGCCUGCAUGGUGCUCGUAGGAGCCUUGGACUUUCUGGAGAAAGCCACGAUUGUUUUUGUGCGGCUGAAGGAAGCGGUGGCCCUCGACUCAGCUCUGGAGGCCCCGGUUCCCGUUCGCUUCGUCUUUGUUCUGGUUGGYCCAAGCAAGGUUGACCUGGACUACCACGAGACUGGCCGAGCCAUGGCCGCUCUGAUGGCUGAUAAAGUUUUUAACCAGGAGGCCUUUCAAGCAACGAUGGCCAGGGAGCUAACGGAYGCCUUGGUGGAUUUUAUCAACUGCUGCAUUGUCAUCCCACCCACUGAAAUCAAGAAUGAAGGGAUGCUCAGCUCCAUCAUCAGCUUUCAGAACAAACUCCUGAAGGACAGACUUCACUCUCCAGACCUGUCGCCUCGGAGGGACUCCAAAGCUCGCAGAGUUUCUAUAGCGAGUGCAGCUUCUGUUGAAGAUCCGCUCUCACGCACCGGUCGGCCAUUCGGUGGGAUGAUUCGAGACAUAAAGAGACGCUACCAAUACUACAAGAGCGACCUCACAGAUGCCCUGAACGCCCAGGCUCUGGCCGCCAUUAUUUUCAUCUACUUUGCUGCUCUGUCUCCUGCCAUCACCUUUGGAGGCCUGCUAGCUGAUAAGGUGGACAACAUGAUGGGUGUGUCGGAGCUCCUCAUCUCCACCAGCAUCCAGGGUAUCAUCUUCUGCUUCGUCGCAGCUCAGCCCAUCCUGGUUAUCGGUUUUUCCGGCCCUCUUUUGGUGUUUGAAGAGGCCUUCUUUGCUUUCUGUAAGUCCCAGGACAUCGAGUACAUCGUCGGGAGGGUGUGGGUCGGGGUGUGGCUCGUCAUCAUCGUUGUGAUCAUUGUCGCCUUUGAGGGCAGCUUUCUGGUGCGCUACAUCUCACGCUUCACCCAGGAAAUCUUCUCCAUUCUCAUCUCCAUCAUCUUCAUUUAUGAAACCUUUUCCAAGCUAGGAAGGAUMUUYAAGGCGCAUCCGCUGAUUAUGAAUUAUGAUCAUGUGAAUGCAACAUUGGAAAAUCCCUGGCACCCAAGGGUGGAGUGGACCACCACGUACGACAACAAAACGGGAAACACGACGGURAUUGAGAGCACCRUGAAGCCGCCGUACCCGAACACGGCCCUGCUCUCCAUGUGCCUCAUGUUUGGCUGCUUCUUCAUCGCUUUCUUCCUGCGACAGUUCAAGAACGGGACUUUCCUUCCUGGAAAUGUCAGGCGCUUGCUCGGCGACUUCGGAGUUCCCAUUGCAAUUUUCCUCAUGAUUGUUGCAGAUUAUAACAUUGAGGAUACCUACACUCAGAAACUGGUUGUUCCUAAAGGCCUGACGGUGUCCAAUCCGGCCAAAAGAGGCUGGCUUAUCAAUCCCUUUGGAGAGCACAAAUCUUUUCCYGUAUGGCUGAUGUUUGCAUCCUGCGUUCCUGCUCUGCUUGUCUUCAUUCUCAUCUUCUUGGAGUCUCAGAUCACUACUCUGAUCAUCAGUAAACCUGAACGGAAGAUGGCCAAAGGCUCCGGGUUCCACUUUGACYUGCUGGUUUUGGUCGGAAUGGGAGGACUCAGCGCCAUAUUUGGUGUGCCUUGGCUGAGCGCUGCCACGGUCAGAACUGUAACCCACGCCAACGCUCUCACAGUCAUGAGCAAAGGAACGAAACCCAAGAUAGAGAGAGUAGUGGAGCAGCGAAUCAGCGGCAUUGUGGUAGCUCUGCUUGUUGGUCUGUCAAUUCUAAUGGAGCCAAUCCUAAAGUUGAUUCCCAUGUCAGCUUUGUUUGGGAUCUUCCUCUACAUGGGAGUGACAUCACUGAAUGGCAUCCAGCUGUGGGAUCGCAUGCUGCUUCUCCUCAUUCCAAAGAAAUACCAUCCAGAUGAACCUUACGCAACCAGAGUAAGCACAGGGCGAAUGCACCUGUACACGGCCAUCCAGGUAGUUUGCCUCGGCAUCCUGUGGCUCGUAAAGUCCAGCCGGAUAUCCCUUGCUCUUCCCUUCGUUCUCAUCCUCACCAUCCCUCUCAGAAUGAUCAUGACUGGACAUCUCUUCACCGAACUGGAAAUGAAAUGUCUGGAUGCUGAUGACGCCAAGGUGACGUUCGAGGAGGAGCCUGGACAGGAUGUGUACUGUGAAACUCAGAUGCCUUUGUAGACAUCUGAAAUAAYGGCUGCUAACACUUUUUUUUWAUCCUAAAAGAACUGUAUAGUUAUUUUAUUUUAGGCUCAAGUGAAUUUUUAAUUCCCUGAUGAGCAAAGCAAGAUAUUUAAUAUUUAUUUACUGUAUCAUGAUGAAUGAAGAUGCAGAUUAUAUUUAUUGAGGGUGAUUACUGAUAGCGUUAGCAUUUUCUGGAAAGCCCCUUAGUUUAAAUAUUCUUAAAAAACCUUUUGCUCAUGCAUUUCUAAAGCAAACCAUUUGAUGAUUUCUGUAUUUUUGCUAAAAAAAAAAAAAAGCUUGUAAAAAAAACAAACAAACAAAAAAAACUCAAAGGUUUUUUUUAUGGUUUGGUUGACUGUCACAAAAAUAAAAAUUAAAUUAACAUGCUCUUCAUAAAAUAUAGCUCAUCUUUGAUGCACUGGUAUUCUCUGGGGCAUCCCGGACAAGCCCCCCAAAAAUUGUAUCAUUUGAAAUUCAAAACUGAGAAAAGAAAAGCAAGCUUGACUGAUUAUUGACAAUUGAAUGUAAUGGUAAAGAAAGCACUGACAGAAGCAGACUUGAUCAGAGGAUACAUUGCUCUCUAAUUUUAGCUUCUCACACCAGAAAGUAUAGCACAUCUGCAUUUUACAUACAUUUUUUUAUGGAAUGCAUGUCAACUGAACGUUAGUUGAUCCAUGACAAACAGAGGAGUGUUUUACAAGUAAUGUAAAAAGAGAGAAGAAAAUGUAUUUUAAAAAGUUUUAAAAUGAUUGCAUUCAUAGCCAAACUUGUAUGUCUUUUGCAUGCACCUACACUGAAUGUAAUAUUAGAACAAUUGUUUCAAUUUGCUAACUUGAAGACAAAUUCUGAUUAAAAGGUUUUGUGAUGUAUUUGCUACUUGUGCAGCAAAAUGAAUGAAGGCAACAGUGGUUUUUAUCAAUGCAACAGUGGUUUUUAUCAAUGCAAAAGAUGGCGGUAUUUGUGUUUUUAAACACUUUUUUGCUUGCUGUUGCUAUCUUUUUGACGUCUCAAAUGUAAAUAUUAAAGGAAAAUGUAUAAAUUCUAUGUUUUGUUGGCUAGCCUUUUGUUGAAUUUAUAAAAGCUAU